AUGGGGAGGUACGGGUGUAUCUGUCCACAAAAAAAUGCGAUGAGAUGCCUCAUAGAAACCUCACUAUACUUCUUCAAGUCUAUGGAUUCCACACAGCAGCUGAACAAGCCGCAUCGUGGCAAUGACGGCAAGAAAAACACAGCAAAGAAGAAGCUCCAUCAGAACGGCCAUAACGCCAAGGCCUUUGCUGUGGCUGCCCCCAAGAAGCUUGAGAAGCAAGCCAGAAGAGCCCACGAUGUUAACGAAAAGAGACUACAUGUCCCCAUGGUGGACAGGACACCUGAUGACGAUCCUCCACCAGUUAUUGUGGCUGUGGUGGGGCCUCCAGGAACAGGAAAGACCACUUUGAUCAAGUCGCUUGUGAAAAAAUUGACAAAGUCCACCUUGACAGAAGUCAAAGGUCCAAUCACCGUGGUGAGCGGGAAAAGACGGAGACUUACAUUUAUGGAGGUAAACAAUGACUUGAACUCUAUGGUUGAUGCAGCCAAGAUCGCGGACUUGGUUUUGUUGCUUGUUGAUGGUAACUUUGGAUUGGAGAUGGAAACAAUGGAGUUCUUGAAUAUUGCGCAACACCAUGGUAUGCCCAGAGUGUUGGGAGUGGCAACACACUUGGACUUAUUCAAAAGUCAAAGCACUUUAAGAACGUCCAAAAAGAGAUUGAAGCAUCGUUUCUGGACAGAAGUGUAUCAAGGUGCCAAGUUGUUUUACCUUUCCGGUGUCAUCAAUGGAAGAUAUCCUGAUCGAGAAAUCUUAAACUUGUGCCGCUUCAUGUCAGUGAUGAAGUUCCGACCAUUGAAAUGGCGGAAUGAGCAUCCAUAUUUGUUGGCCGAUCGUGUAACGGACUUGACCCACCCCCAACUCAUAUCCGAAAACCCUAAGUGCGACAGAAAAGUGGCCAUCUACGGUUACUUGCAUGGAACUCCUUUACCUGCCACCGGUGCUAAUAUCCAUAUUGCUGGUGUUGGAGACCACGUUGUCCAUGCUGUUGAGAAGUUACCAGACCCUUGUCCAACACCGUACUUUGAGCAGAAAUUGGACGAGCUCGAAAGAGAAAAGGCUAAAGCUGCAGCCGAGGCAGGAGAGGAAAUUGUUCCUACGAGGAGAAGAAGAAGAAAGCGUCUUGAAGAUAAACAGAAGAUAAUCUACGCACCAAUGUCUGAUGUUGGAGGUGUCUUGGUUGAUAAGGAUGCAGUCUACAUUGAUGUUGGAGACAAGCAAUCUUUUGUUCCGGGUCAGGAGCAAGGUGAAGGUGAAAAACUUGUGACAGGUUUGCAAGAUGUCCAAAAGACUAUGCACGAGCGGUUUGCCGAGGGUCCUGGAUUGAAAUUGUUCUCUAAUUCUGCUGAGAUCGAGAGAGAUGACUCCUUACAACUGGAUGAUGAAAACAUGCAAGGAUUACUUUCAGAAGACGAAGAAACGGAGUCUCGUAAUACGGGCAGAACUUCUGUAAGAAAACCUCGGAUUUAUGGCAAAUCGUUAGCUGAAGACACAGAGUUCGAUGAUAUGCCUGAUGAUGAUGAAGAAAGAGAACUGGACUCGGACUUGGACGAGAAGGAACCCAAGAAGGUGGAAAUUGAUUUUGGUGAUCGUGCCAAGGACAAUUUAGAAUUUGUUGAAGACUCGUCUUUAUCUUCAGACGAGGACGAUUACGUUGCCAUGGCCUCCAAACUAAAGGGAACUGUGCAACGCAGAUGGAAUAUUAAUAAGUUACUUUACUUGGACAACAUUGAGCCUGCAGAAGUAAUCAGAAGAUGGAAGCAACAAACUGUCGAGGAUGAAGAGGAAGAAUCCGACAUUGAAGAAGAUGAUGAUUUUUUCAAGAAGAAGGAUACUUCUCUGGUUUCAGAAGAUUUGGACACUUUCAUUCCAUCAUUCCCUCCCAUCGAUGAACUUCGGGCUAAGUUCGACGCCUCUACUAUGGAAGAUAGUGAUGAAGAGUAUGAAAACGGUUACAAAAUCUUGAAGGAACGCUUGUUGGUUGCACCUAAAUUAAAUGAAGAAAGCAAGGACGCUAAUAAAGAGGCUGGCGAUGAUGAUGAUGAUGAUGAAGUUUAUGGCGAUUUCGAAGAUUUGGAGGAUGGAGAAAACAAUGAAGCGAAUGAUGAACAUGCAGCAUCUGCGGAUGAAGAUGCUAAUGAUGAAGAUGAUUUUGCUGACUUUGAAGCUGAAGAGGAUAAGGAUGAAGCUCCCGAGGAAGACGAGAAUAUGACUGUGGAGCAGAAAAGAGAACUUAAUGCUGCCAAAAAGGCUAAACUCAAAAUGCAAUUUGAGGAAGAGGAGGACAGAGAAUUUGGUGCAGAUGACCCAGAGGGUGACACUGAGGCAGAUACUUGGUACGAGUUCCAAAAGAAUAAGAUGGCAAAACAAUUGGAAAUUAACAAGGCUGAGCUCGAAGAAAUGGACCCUGAAACCAGAAUCAAGAUUGAGGGUUAUCGUGCCGGUUCCUACGUCAAGAUUGUCUUUGAAAACUUGCCAUGUGAAUUCAUUGAAAAUUUGCAACCAGAAUAUCCAAUCGUUUUGGGAGGAUUGUUGGCCACGGAAUCUAGAUUUGGAAUCAUGAAUGUCAGAAUCAGAAGACACCGUUGGCACAAGAAAAUCUUGAAAUCACAAGAUCCUUUGAUUUUGUCGUUGGGUUGGAGAAGGUUUCAGACAAUUCCUAUUUACACCACUACCGACUCUCGUACUCGUAACAGAAUGUUGAAGUACACUCCAGAGCACGCAUAUUGUUUUGCGUCUUUCUAUGGACCUUUGGUUGCACCCAAUACUACUUUUGUGGGUUUCAACAUUGUGGACCAAUCGUCGACGACCGGAUCUUUCAGAGUUGCUGCAACAGGCAUUGUUGAGGACUUAAAUCUGUCGGUGGAAAUUGUCAAGAAAUUAAAAUUGGUGGGUCAUCCUUACAAGAUCUUUAGAAACACUGCAUUCAUCAAAGACAUGUUUACUAAUUCUUUGGAAGUUGCCAAGUUUGAAGGUGCAUCCAUCAGAACUGUGUCUGGUAUACGAGGAGAGAUCAAACGGGCAUUAUCGAAACCAGAUGGUUACUUUAGAGCGACGUUUGAGGACAAGAUUCUCAUGUCUGACACAGUUUUCUUGAAGACUUGGUACCCCGUCAAGGUCAAGAAGUUCUACAAUCCGGUGACUUCGUUGUUACUUGGACAGCAUCAAGAAUGGAAGGGUAUGAGGUUGACAGGACAAGUCAGAGCAGCACAGAAUAUCCCUACUCCAUUAGAAAAGGACUCUGCGUACAAGAAGAUUGAAAGAGAAGAGAGAAAGUUCAAUCCUUUGAGAGUGCCAAAGUCUAUCCAGAAGGAGUUGCCAUUCAAAUCGAAAGUGGCUGAGAUGAAGCCACAGAAGAAGAAAACGUAUUUGGCGAAGCGGGCUGUUGUUGUUGAUGGAGAUGAAAAGAAAAUGAGAGAUUUGAUAAACAAGAUCAACACGCUCAAGAGAGAAAAGGAUACCAAGAGAAAGACCAAGAAGCAAGAGAAGUUCCAGGACCGGUUGAAAGAAAUUGCCAAGAAGGAAGAGUUGAGAAAGGAGAAGGAGAAGGAAAGAAAGAAAGAGUACUUUAUGAGAGAGGGGAAAAAGAGAGGCUUGGACAAAGACGACGGCAAUGCCGCUGCUUUUGGCUCCAAGAAAAGACGUUAG